AUGCUCGAAUCAUCGCGUUUCUUCAUUAGUAUCAGUUUGUUUCUAAUUACUUUGACAUUAAUUUUUCAUUUCGUGGCUAUGGGAUAUCCUCGAUGGAAGGCCUCUGAACGACGUACUGGGAGCGAACGUACUAUCACUGUCGGUAUCUUCCAACGAUGUGAAAAUCAACCCAUUUCUAUUUCAUCAGCGAAAAACAAAUCCUAUCCCAUCUGUGAUGACAAUAAAUACAUUUUUCCUGGUAAUAAGAACUGUCGCGAGUCACAACAAUCCGGAGCGAACCUAGUCAAUCAUAGGUUAUGCCAUCAAGCAAAUAACCCUUGUCAAUGUGAUUAUUCGUCCAUAGCAAAAGGAUUAAUUUCGUGUACAAUCAUCGCAGCUUGUACAUUAAGUUUAUCUUUUCUCUUGAUUUUCUCCCAUAUUAUAAUCAAUCCAUACAAAUACCAAUUUCAUCUUUAUAUAACCGUUGUCACUGUGUUUCUUCUACUUGUCGGCUUGAUUUUCAUUUUCGUCGCACUUAUUUUACUCGGUUCAUCGUUGAAUUAUGAUUUAUAUCAAUAUCAUUAUGAUUUAAGAAAUCGUUUAGAAGAAGCAAAUACACAACAACAAAAAGAUGAGAUUCGUGCAAAUGUUACGACAUAUGCAGCGAAGGAUUUUCAUACUCGGCUUGAUUGGGCAGCAGGUUUAGAAAUCAUCGCAUUAUUUUUUACCGGCUUUACGUUAAUGAUACGAGCCAUUCAUCUUGUACGUAUUUACCGAAAUCGGAACGUUUGA